AUGGCAGCCGACAGCAGGAGCGAUCGUUACAGCGACUCCAAAUCAAUGUCCAGUUUAUUUUCUACACGGAAUAUAAUGCCUUUUAAAUCAUACUGGAUAUUAGCGUUCCUGCUUUUUUCUGUAAGCCGAUGUUUCGCCGACGAUGAUCACGAAAUGGAAGAGUUUCUGAAGCGGGAAUAUUCCCUUUCCAAGCCUUACCAGGGUGUGGGAUCGUCAAGCUCCUCCCACUGGGAUCUGAUGGGGGAUGCCAUGGUAACCGCCGACCAGGUGCGCCUCACACCUGACAUGCAGAGCAGGCAGGGGGCAGUGUGGAGCCGCAUGCCUUGCCAUCUUAAUGACUGGGAGAUGCAGGUACACUUUAAGAUUCACGGAAAAGGAAAGAAGAACCUGAAUGGUGACGGUUUGGCCAUUUGGUAUACUAAGGAACGUAUGCAGAAAGGUCCUGUAUUUGGAAAUCGAGACAACUUCACUGGCUUGGGUGUUUUUGUAGACACGUAUCCCAAUGAGGAGAAACAGAUAGAGGCGCAAAAGAAGAGAUACACUCCUCGCACACAGAGGAUCUUCCCCUUCGUCCUGGCCAUGGUGGGGAACGGCAGCAUCGGCUACGACCACGAGCGGGACGGACGGCCCACAGAACUGGGGGGCUGCAACGCCAUGGUGCGCAACCUCAAACAUGACACCUUCCUCUUCAUUCGAUACAUCCGCCGCAGGCUCACGGUGAUGAUAGACAUCGAUGGGCAGCAUGAGUGGAGGGACUGCCUGGACUUACCCGGGGUGCGGCUGCCCCAAGGCUAUUAUUUUGGCGCAACUGCAAUCACCGGAGACCUCUCAGAUAACCAUGAUAUAAUCUCCCUGAAACUCUACCAACUGACGGUGCUGCGGAGUAAAAAGGAAGAGGCGGAGGAGGAAGAGGAAAUAACCAUACCCAGUGUAGAUAACUUCGAUCUACUCAGAUUGGGUGACGCUGAAGAAGGGAUGAGUGGAAUCGCUAUUUUCUUCACCGUGCUCUUCUCCAUGCUGGGUUGCAUCUUCCUCAUCGUCAUCGGCCUGGUGGUCUACAGCCACUGGAACGAGAGCCGACGCAAACGCUUCUACUGA